GCAGUACUGAAGAACUGCUGAUUUGUGUAGGUCUCCAAUUGGGUCAUUUGCGUGCCACUCCUGUCUCUACUCUGAAGCUUCAUCCUGUGGAGGGAGAUGUGGGUAUUUGGGUACGGGUCUCUAAUAUGGAAAGCGGGUUUUAACUACGAUGCUCGCCUUGUUGGUUUCAUCAAAGGCUAUCGCCGUGUCUUCUACCAAGGCAGCACUGACCAUAGGGGGACUCCAGAGAAUCCUGGAAGAACUGUCACUCUAGAACCUGCUGAUGGGGAAGUCUGUUGGGGAGUUGCAUACAAGAUCUCCAAGAAGGAAGAUGAAGAAACUGCAAUAACAUAUUUGGAAGUGAGGGAGAAGCAGUAUGAUCAGAAAGCUUAUCUUGAUUUCUUCACUGAUCCCACAGCUACAACUCCAGCGGUUUCAGGAGUAAUGGUAUAUAUAGGAUCAUCAGACAAGAAGCAUAACCAAAAUUACUUGGGGCCUGCACCUCUUGAAGAGAUAGCCAAACAAAUUGUUCAUGCUGAAGGCCCUUCAGGACCCAAUAGAGACUACCUUUUCCAACUUGAGAAGGCUCUUCUUCAAAUUGGAUGCAAGGACAAACACAUAAUGGAUCUUGCAAAUGAAGUGAGGCGCAUUCUUUCAGAGAGGGAACCUGACCUCAUAAUGCCAUGAAUAACAGGCUGAUAGAUUCUUAGAUUCAGGCAUUUACAAGAUGAUUAUGAUUGCGAUAAAUUAUUGUUUGGGAGACUGAUACAUCUCUUGAACUUGAUUAUUCAGCUCUGAGUUGGACUGGAGCCAUUUUUCCAUGAAUAAAGGAGGAAUAUUGCUAUGUGA